UUUAACACAAACCGUGACUACACGUGUUCCUAAUAUACCAUUUAGAAUGCACCGUGGGGUCACAGAGCGCGUGGCAUUAGCUCACUAUAACUGUUUUAUUUGUUAAACCGGAAGCAGUCGCCGUGCCUCCUCCCCCUGAUAGCUCGCUGCUAGGCUAACGCAUCCGCGCUGCCCUGUGUGUGCUGAGGAACAUGGCUCUCAUCACGCCGCUGCUCGCCUUCCUCUACCACCUCCCGCUGGUCUAUAAGUGGCUGCUGAAGCCCUACUAUGUGGCCUCCAUCUUCAUGUCCGCGGCCUUCCUCGCGGUCCGCAAGACGCCCGGAGUCUGCGACCACCUGGACACCCAGCGCGAGGACGGCAACCCGUGCGACUUCGACUGGAGGGAGGUGGAGAUCCUCAUGUUCCUCAGUGCCAUCGUCAUGAUGAAGAACAGACGAGCGAUAACGGUGGAGCAGCAUGUGGGCAACAUCAUCCUGUUCAGCAAAGUGGCCAACGUCAUCCUGUUCUUCAGACUGGACAUCAGGAUGGGACUGCUCUACCUGACACUCUGCAUAGUGUUUUUGAUGAUCUGUAAGCCUCCUCUUUACAUGGGGCCCGAGUACAUCAAAUACUUCAGCGACAAAACCAUCGAUGAUGAGCUGGACAAAGACAGUCGGGUGACGUGGAUUGUUGAGUUUUUCGCAAACUGGUCUCCAGAGUGCCAGUCCUUCGCCUCCGUCUACGCUGAUCUCUCUCUCAAGUACAACUGUGCCGGUCUCAAGUUUGGUAAGGUGGACAUCGGACGUUACGGAGAGGUCUCCAAAAAGUACAAGGUGUCUGCGUCUCCGCUGUCCAAGCAGCUUCCGUCCCUGGUGUUGUUUCAGGGAGGCAAGGAGGUGAUGCGGCGCCCCCAGGUGGACAAGAAGGGUAGAGCCGUAUCCUGGAGCUUCACAGAGGAGAACAUCAUCCGCGAGUUCAACCUGAACGAACUCUACCAGAAAUCCAAGAAGCUCAACAAGACCAAAGGGGACAAGGUCAGCCAAUACCAGUUCCCUCCGGUCCCCGAAGAGGACGAGAGCGAGCAGCAGGGAGCCCCCGCCGAGGCUCUGGAGUCGGAAUCCAAGAAGGACAAAUAAGACGGUUUGCAGCACUCAGCUUUCACUUCUGGAUGGAACUUGUGUGUCCAGGUCAGCUCCUUCUCCUCCUCCUCCUCAUCCUCCUCUUCCCUCUCUUCUCUCAAAGUUUGCUCACUCGUGAAUCAAAACAGGACUGGAGUCGCUUUGGAUCAUGAGAAUUACUUCUGCCCAUCUCCAGCAUCAUUUAACACCAAGCCUCAGUUAAACCCAGUCAUUCUGUUGGCCCUCUAUAAAAGAGCAAAGAGAACUAGUGUGAACUUGAGCAGAGGAGCAAACUGGGAAAGAGUCAACCAGCUUUUGGGGGUUGUAAUGCUAAAACCUGGUCCCGUAUUUGUGUUUGAAGGCCUGGAAACAUGCAUGGAGUUAUAACAGGCUACACCACACAUUUCAACGCUGUGAAGUCUGAGUGACUGUCAGUUGAGUUCUUACUAAUUAACAGGAAGGGAGCAGUGAAUGUGAUGCUACUUUGUUCUUUAAGAUUUUUUUUAUGCAACUAAUUUAAUGAGAUUAGAGUAGAUUUUUAAAAAUCGUUGUAUGAAUAUAUUCAUGUAAACUUAGUGAUAACUCCGUAGUAUUCAUUUGCAGCGUUAAAUGAGAGGUACUAAAUGGGAGCGCUUGUUUUACAUGAACACACUGCAUUAGUCGGGUGGUGUUACUCGGUUUACUGACAGCUGGACAGUAUCCCUGUUCAUCCCUGUGGACCGACCAAGCUGCUUCUGUCAUUCAUUUCAUUUCAUUUGACUCUCCUUCGUUUGUUGUUGCUUCUUGUAUUCAGUGUCUGUGGCUCUCAGAGAGAGAGAGAGAGACAGACGGACGAGCUUCAGCUCUCAGGCCAUGUUCACACGUCUCCAGAAAGAAAAAGAAAAAUAAUAGAAUGUGACCGAAUGCGGCCCAGACCUCCUCCAAAUGUGGUCUGAGCCGUCGGGUCUUAAUGCGUCUUGGUGCAUUGCCUGCUGUAUGUAGAGCGGCAUCAGGAGUGAACAGGGCCUCGUUAACAUCGCCACGCCUUCUAACUUGCGAGACAUUUCCUCUUUUUUAUUUAUUUUUUGAAAACACCUUUUUUUGGUUUUAAACUGUUUUUUUUCUUGACUAUUCUUAUGUUGCCAACAUGGUAGCCAGUAUUUUUAUGUUUUCAGACAGUUCCAAUAAAGUUUGUUUAAAAAUGGCCACGCCCUCAACAGCGGUGAUGAAAACGGAGAAGGGCAGGGUGACUCAGCAGCCUCAGUCCAGAGGAUGAAACCGCUGACUGUAAUGAUUCUCUGACCUUUCCCUUGUGACGUUCACUUCCUGUUGACCUACAGCCAUACGUCACCCUGCAGCACUCUAUGCCGGACACAUCUACAGACCUGUGAUCAGAUGAUGAUGAAGUGAGAGCAUGUUGGCAGCGUCAAGCUAAAGUGUGGUCCUGAUGAGAGCACAUCACAUUGUCUGAGACAUUCACACAUUAACUUGGGUGUUGAUUUAGAUUCUUUUUUUCUUUUAACAUUUUUUAGGACCAGAAAAACAAGUUUUUGUGGCAUUUGAUUUCAUUUUCCAGCAUUAUUUCUCGCUAACAUUUUAUUGGGAUUUAGAGCUUUUUUCCCAUCGUAGUCGUGAACUGAUAAACAUACACUGUUAAAUUAGCUUUUUGAAGAUACUGUGAGUUUUUUUCCUUAAUCGUGAUUAAUUACUAAAACUGUUUUGUUUUGUAUACUUCUUUGACCUUUUGUCAUGUUGCAUUUCAUUUCAUCUGCAUUCCAAGGCUUGUAUGUAUAUUUGCCCCUGUACAUGAACGGAGAAGUCUGCUGGCCUGUUCUUGAUAUCCAUGCAAUAAAACAAUGU